CCCCACAAAUUGAAUCCAGACUCAAUUCGGCAGUAAGCCUAUCACUGACACAUGAGUCUUCACCCCUCCGCCGCAUAUCCAAGUAUAAGUGAAGGUCAGGCCUGACGCUUGGUUUACAGUACUACAUUUGAAUCAUGGCCGAUUCCGCUACUCCAGCACAGGCAGACCAGCCCCACGUCGCACUCAUUACCGGCGCAGCCCAGGGCAUUGGACGCGCUAUUGCCCUGCGGCUCGCAGAGGACGGACUAGAUAUUGCCAUUGCAGACUUGAAAUCACAACGCACGACCCUCGACGCCGUCACGGAUGAGGUAAGGGCGAAAGGGAGGCGAUGUCUUGUUUUGGAGUGUGAUAUAUCACAAGAGGAGGAGGUCCAGCGCAUGGUACAGGCUACGGAGCAAGAGUUCAAUAGUUUGGAUGUCAUGGUAGCGAACGCCGGACGAAUCGUUGUGAAACCUUUGGUUGAUUCUACCCUCGUCGAUUUUGAUGAGAUAUUCAACACCAAUGUGCGCGGGACGUUCCUCUGCUUGCGUGCUGCAGCGCAAACUAUGAUCAAGCAGGGGCGUGGCGGGAGGAUCAUCAGCGCGUCAUCAGUAGCAGGGAAGAAGGGGAUGGCAUUCAACAGUAUUUACAGCGCAUCGAAAUCUGCCAUUCGAUCAUUCACACAGGCGCUCGCGAGUGAACUGGGAUCACACGGCAUCACCGUGAACGCUUACGCUCCUGGACCAGUUGAAACGCUUCUCCUGCGAAGCUCAUCCGAAGUAUUCGCGAAACAGGCAGGAUUUCCUGAUAGCAAGGCGUUCGUGCAAAGUUAUGAAACGAGUGUGGCACUGCGGCGGAUUGGAACGCCGGAAGACAUUGCAAACACUGUGUCGUUCCUCGCAAGCAAAGACUCUGCCUAUAUAACCGGGCAGACGAUCACAGUUGACGGGGGAUUAUGGAUGGACUGAUCAUGUACUUCUGUGCUUGUGGCCCGCAAAAAACACAGCUUGUUUGCAAACUACAUUGAGUCCUUGUAGAGAAUAAACUUGUGUAUGACUGUAUCUUCACCCUCUUUACGCCCACAUGACCUAGGCAAGGUAUGAAAGUGCACACAUCUCGCUCGUUCUUCGUGUUCCAUCUCCGAAACCUUGCAAGUAAAGUAGUCCUUCAGUGCUGCGUUCAGGCUGUCGCAUUGUCAUCAAGUGACUUGCACUGCAGUACUGGGGUUCCUUGGGAUAUGAAUAGGUCAGGGAGUAAAACUCGUCAUGCUCUUGUCAUUCUCAAAGUUAGUUAAGCUAGCCAGCAUGUGAGGCCUAGCCUACCAACACUAGUUUAAUGUCAUCUCUAGAUUCACAUUUAAUGUCCUAUCGCAAUCCACAUAUUCGGUGUUGCUACA